UAUGACUGGCAACAGCUGUCCAAGGUCUCAGACAGGGAUUUUUACUUCACCUGCUCCCUAAUAUUAUUUUACAUACAAAGCUGUAAUCUCUACCACUGAACUAUAGGUCUUCCAUUCUGAAGGAUUCAUAUUUGAUCAGUGGUGGUAGUUCAGUGAUAAAGGCCAUGUUGAAACACUCAUAGAUAGAUUACCACUCUCUGUUCUGUGAUAUUUAGAAGGUCUAGUGAUAAUAAUUAUGGAAUGGAGUAGAACUACACUUCUGGUCUCCUGUGUAGGAUCCUUAAUUCAACACAAGAAUUUAAGUUAGCAACUACGAUUGUUCUCUACAUUGGGUCAAAAAAAAUCACUAUAUUGCCACCUGAAGCAAAUUUCCUGUACAAAUGCUAUUGAAAAAGACUGAUGAGUCAUUAAGCUAGAAGAGACCAAAAUGCCAACUCCAUGAGUUGCCACUUAGCAGUCAUGUUGCAGAUGGAUCCACAUAAUCUGUAUCAUAGUUUGCCACAUCCAGAAAGGAACUAUGAACAAGGAAUGUGCAAAACAAAUAGCUCCAGGUGACUAAAGCAACUGGGCCAAGCAGCUUAGCCAACUGAGCCACACGGGGGAAUUCAGAACAACAAAAUGUAGGAUGAGUGUGUAUAUGUUCUUUUGUCAGAUUUGGUGUCCUUCAAGCAAGCGCUGCAUCAAGAUCUAUGCUUCAGCACAUAGGAUCUCACAUUUCAGCUGUGAUGCAAUGCAGACAUGUCACUAGUCUCAGCUCCCCCCUCUGCCAUGAAAUAAAUAAUGACAGCUUUUAGGUUUUUACAUUAAUUCUAGUUUGCAGGGGUAAGAGAAAGCAAAAUGGGUUUUUCAAUAAAAAAUAGGCAUGGCUUAGGUCAAUGUCAUUUUAUGUACGAAUCAGUAAGCAUAAUGCAUACUGAAAGUAUGCACUAGAUAUAUAAAAGCCGUUGAAAAUGAGUAGAGCACACUUUUCUCACCACUGAAAAAAGCAUAACUAACAUCCUUCUGUCUAAAAUUAUGGGGGGUGGGGAGAGACUUCAAGGUCAGAGGAGUCCCAGCACCAUUCUUUAAGAAUACAUGAACCAAUGUAGAGGGUGGCAGAAGCUUGUAAUGUAUUUUCUAGUUUUGCACAAAGUUGCCUGCAGAAGUGCCUCCUUUCCUGUUGGGUGGAGUAACCUCUGCUCCCCCUUCACCAGCCCAGCCAGCAACCACAUGUUCUCUGCCAACAUUUUGUUUUCCAUAACAAGUUAUGGGUGCUUAGGGAUUGUAAAAAGUUCAUAACUCUUUUUGUCAGUGCACCAGUAGUUCUGUGCCUGGAGUGCUGGAAGAUCAGAUCAAUCGCUUUUAUUUAGUUGAUGUCAGGCUUCAAGGCAUGGGAAACAAGCAGGGUCAUUUUCCAGAAGUGAGAUUUUGCAACUGAAGCCUUUCCAAAUGACCCGCUGUGUCUCCACUGCAGCAGUCCCACUUGAAUAUAUUAAUACAGGCUCCUUUUUGGAAUUUCUCCAUAUGUGGGCAGUAAGAGCUUCCAGAGAUUUCAUAGACAUCCUCACUCAGACUUUGCUGUUCCAAUUGCUCCCUGCCUGGAAAUUGAUCUCUUGACAACAUCUGGCCUUUCCCUGUAUCUGUGCAUUCAAUAAAGAAUGCCUUUAAAGUUUUUUAUACAAAAUCUGCUUUCCAGGUUGUGUGAUAACAGAAGGUUUUGUCAUGUGCUUAAAUCAUUCACUGGUUCUGACAGCCAGGUAGCCUAAAAUGAGCUGUCAUCUCUGCCCCUCCUCUACAAAGGGGUCACUCUUUCAGACCUGUUAAAGGAGUGAUUAAGGCAGCUGCAUGCUUUCAGGUCACACCAACAAGCAUCACUCAUCUCUGAUUCAGCAUCAUCAGCCCCUGAACAGACCUCAGACCAACCAUUGGUGAGAAGAUGUAUGUGUACUUGAGAGACUAGGAACUUUGGUGGAUUCACAAGUGGAAGCCUGGGGAUUCCCUUGCCCUAUGCACUUGAAAUCUUAACAAUUUGUGGAGAAAAUAAUAGUUGUUCAUUGACCUAAAUUAAUUUAAAUAUCAGGGUUUAGCUUUCCGUGCCUAAUGCUAAAACUGAGAUGGGAACAUUUCACAUGUUGCCUGAAACUGAAACAUAUUCAUUCCUCCUUCAAUAUCCAUGGGGGUGUACCAGUGGGAUUAAGCACUGACAACACGAUUUACAAGGUCAGAAAAGGCAAAAUAUCAGGAAGGAAGUUUUUGCUUGGAGCAUUUCAAACUUCACACUCAAUCCUUUGCAGGAUCACAUUAAGAGAACUUCGCUGAGCUGUACCUGCAUUGCUCAAGGCCUAGUCACAUAUUGCCCGUAUAUAAUAAAAAGUAAUUCAGUGACAGCAGAGAAAAGUCUUUGUUUCACACUCUCUCUUCCUACCAACCUAACCAUAGCAUACUGCUGCAAUGCCAGGGCUUGGACUAGUUGACCCCUAGUGUACCUUCCAACUCUACAAUUACAUGGUAAAGAAUGUAACGUACAAGCUAGGCUGUUCCACAAUUACAGCCUCUUUGACCCUGCAAUCUCAGGCCCAAUAUUGAAAGCAAGGGGUGGCACUGGGGUCAGAGCACUGUGCAGCUAGACAUAAGUGGAACAUUCCUGUUUGACCAUUUGGUAAAGGGAGGGAUCUGCACUGACCAACAGGCCCCACCCCCACCCUCGGUCUACAGACUACUGGAGAGCCUCAUAGCCAUGGCUGCUGCCUGUCCUCUACAUAUCUCAGUUGCCACAGUUACUACUGAGGCAGGGAACAGAUGAUGUUGCCUAAAGGUCAUUUAUGCCUGAAGGGCCCCUAGUUUGCUGAUAUCUAAGAAGUUUGGCAACAACAGACAUUAAUGGAUUCCAGAAAUAAUCUGGAGUUUUGCAAGGCUGAUGGCUAACAGAAUGUACUGGGACAUGGCUGAACAUAAAGCACCAGCUUGCUGAGAAUACACCCUUGGAUAAGCGGGAUCCCUGAAGCUUAAUGCAGUUUGGCCUAGCUAUUCCACACAAAGAAAAACUUGCUGCAGGAAUCUGGGCCGGCUGAAGACAUUUUGGCACCUGAGGCGAACCACAAAAUGGCACCACCGCUCUUGGUUGGGGAAGAAGGGUGUAUUUACACAAAAUCACUGGGAAUUUGUGAACCACCCCUUAAACAUUGGAUAGGCUUUGCUUGUUGGAGGAAUCCAGAUGUGAGUCAGAGACUAAAAACUGAAAGAGAGAAGGAAGGAAGGGAGGGAACCGGCUGCUUGCAAAUAAGGAAGAACAAAGACAAAGAGGAAUGCGCCUCCACAUUUGAAAGAAUUUUCCUGUGUCAGCAGCACAAGCAGCUGCUGCUUUCACCAAGAAACAACAUCCCCAAGGAACAAUGAGGGACACGAAGAAGAUUAGCCUUCCAGCUAAGUUAAUCAACGGAGGUAUAGCAGGUCUUGUGGGGGUGACUUGUGUUUUCCCCAUUGAUUUGGCCAAAACCCGUCUCCAGAACCAGCAAGGACAAGCCAUCUACACCGGAAUGAGGGAUUGUUUGGUGAAGACAAUUAAAUCAGAGGGGUUCUUUGGCAUGUAUCGAGGGGCUGCUGUAAACCUGACUCUUGUCACUCCUGAAAAAGCAAUCAAGUUGGCAGCCAAUGAUUUCUUCCGACAGUUACUCUCCCAAGAUGGAAAAGAAUUGUCAUUGGUGAGAGAGAUGCUUGCUGGCUGUGGAGCUGGGACUUGCCAGGUAGUGGUCACAUCUCCAAUGGAAAUGUUGAAAAUCCAGCUCCAGGAUGCUGGGCGGCUAGCUGCUCAUCAGCAGAAGGCCUUGGGGCAGGAUGGACCAGCUGCUGCCACCUCCCAUUCACCACCAGGACAGCCUUACAAAGCCGGGUCCACAGCAGCCUCUAAACGCCCCUCUGCUUUCAUGAUUGCCAGAGAUCUCCUGUGCACCCAGGGACUUGCAGGCCUGUAUAAAGGGCUGGGAGCCACCUUGCUCAGGGAUGUGCCCUUUUCUAUUAUAUAUUUCCCACUUUUUGCCAACAUCAACAAGCUGGGGCAGGCGAAUCUUGAUGAAAAAGCCUCUUUCUUCCAUUCAUUCAUCUCAGGCUGUAUUGCAGGAUCUGUGGCUGCAGUGGCCGUGACCCCAUUGGAUGUUCUAAAGACCCGAAUUCAAACUCUCAAGAAAGGACUGGGAGAGGACACCUACAAUGGGAUCGUUGACUGUGCCAGGAAGGUCUGGAUUCACGAGGGCCCCGCUGCCUUCAUGAAAGGGGCAGGAUGCCGUGCACUGGUUAUAGCUCCUCUCUUUGGCAUAGCCCAAGGAAUGUAUUUCAUUGGCAUUGGAGAACAUAUCAUGGAAUAUUUCAAGUAGUACACAUUCCGAAACACACUGGAUCAUGAAUGAAGAUUGCAAGAGUUCUGUGACACUAGCUACUUGAAGAGAAAUGGAAGCACCCUGUAAAUACUUGAAUGGCUGUGAACAACUACCCAGUCUACCACUAUCCAGGAAGACGGCCUAAAAACACCACUUCCAGGUUUGCCAUUGCUUCAUUUUCUAAAACAAUCCUCUGCACUGGGCAGAUUUCUGGGACCUAAAAGUUAACAUGCCAAAGGUGGUGCUAUGAAAAGGAAUGGGUUGCAAGUGUUAUUUCUUACUUGCACCAAACGUUGGCCAACACUUUUCAAGCUGAUCUAUCACACACCACGGCAGACCAGGAGUGGUGCUCUUUCUCCGGUAUGUAUGGCCAGAGAUUGAAUCUGAAUCCAUCUACUUACAAAACUUACACUUUACUAGGGAUCUAUGGGGUCCUUCGCAGUGCUGCCUGAUGCUUGUUCUUCUCCAUUACAAGUGCAUUUAUAAAUAUCACGACUUCAUAUUUUUAUGUCAUUUCUUAAAUGCUUCCAAGUUGGAUCAAGAAUAGCAGUUUAGUGGAGGUUAAAUUCACCCUUGCUGCCCUGAUCUCAUGCUGGAAAUAUUUUCCUGUACAUUUUAUUUGGUGAUCCUGCACUGCUGUAUACAUUUCACUACAGAACCCUUUCUGAUCUUUCAUUUUAGAAGCAGUCUCAUCAUUGCCAACCUCUUCUCUUCCAGUUCAUGUAUUUGUACACAUAAAUUAAUGGCCGUU